GUCGGUCCGCUGAAGGAAUGCGCCUCCUUCGUCGUCGUCCUUUUCCCCUAAGUCCUUCCCUAGACUCUUAUUCUCAAUCAAUCCAAUCCUUCAACAUCCAUUAAAAUUCAGUUGAAACCCAUUUGAUUUUAUGAACGAAAGAUUCCAAAUCUGAUCCGAAAUCACAAAUCACGCCCAUUUCUUUUUCCUUGAGAUUUUCCAUAUUCUUUUUUUUUUCUCUCUAAUUGAUUCUGAUUGGUAUUGAUAGAUAAUUGAUCUAUUUGUUAUUCUUUUUUUGCCGUAAGGAAAGAUUCUUUCUUUAAAUUCUGUUUCUAAUCUUGAUUAGAUUAGUUACUAUGUCAUCAAGAAACCCUUCAUACUCAACCCCGAAAGAGUGCAACCACUUGACAAAGUACAAGCUGAAACAUGGCCUUGAUGGCUACUAUUUGAUCCAAGAAUUUGUUAAAACCAACCCUUUUGGUCGAACAAUGAUUGAUAAAUCCAAAUUGGAGCUGCCCAGAUGCAGUUUUUGCUCUGGUUACCAGGGUAGACUUUACUUGUGUCUGAUCUGUUCAUCAGUAACUUGUUGCUUGUCACCUGGAUCAGACCAUACCCUUUUGCAUAGCCAGUCUUUUGAUGGGCAUGAGAUUGCAGUAGACUUGGAAAGGGCUGAGCUUUAUUGUAGUGUAUGCUGCGAUCAGGUGUAUGAUCCAGAUUUUGAUGAGGUUGUGAUGUGUAAACAUAUGAUGGAAUUGCCAAGGAGUGAAAAUGGGGAUUUGAGGUUAUGUAAGAGGAAAAGAUUGAAUUUUGGGAUAGAUUUGGAUUUGAGGAAUGUGAAAAGAUUGGUUUCAUUAAGGGAUCAAUGGUCUAAGUCAUGUUUUCCUUUGGGUCUGAGGGGUUUGAACAAUUUGGGGAAUACUUGUUUUAUGAAUUCUGUGUUGCAAGCAUUGCUUCAUGCUCCCCCUUUGAGGAAUUACUAUCUUAGUGGAAGGCACAACCGCGAAAUGUGCCGUAAGAGAUCCAAUGAUAGACUGUGUUUGCCUUGUGACAUUGAUGUUAUUUUCUCAGCUGUGUUUUCAGGCGAUCGGACACCCUAUAGUCCAGCUCAGUUCCUUUACAGUUGGUGGCAGCACUCAGAAAAUCUUGCUAAUUAUGAGCAGCAGGAUGCCCAUGAGUUCUUCAUCUCAAUGUUGGAUAGGAUCCAUGAGAAAGAAGGGAAGGCAAGCCAUGCAAUCAGAGAUUAUGGAGAUUGCCAGUGUAUUAUUCAUAGAGCUUUCUCGGGGCUAGUGCGGUCAGAUGUCACCUGUGCAUCUUGUGGGUUCACUUCCUCAACUUAUGAUCCUUGUGUGGAUAUUUCUCUCGAUUUAGAUACACACACAUCUUAUCCUAUAAAUGUUGGUAAGCCAAGCAAGCUAAAUGAGAGCGCAGGUACUUCUACUCUUGUGGGCUGCUUGGACCUCUUUACAAGACUAGAGAAGCUAGGAUCAGAUCAAAAAUUGUACUGUGAAAACUGUCAAGAGAAACAGGAUGCUUUAAAGCAAUUGUCAAUCAAAAAGCUACCUUUGGUUCUAUGUUUGCAUAUAAAACGCUUUGAACAUUUUCCAAUUAAAAGGUUGUCAAGAAAAAUCGAUCGGCAUUUGCAGUUCCCUUUUUCCUUAGACAUGAAACCAUAUUUAUCUUCUUCAGUUGUGAGGAAAAAAUUUGGAAACAGAAUGUUUGCUUUUGAGGGUGAUGAAUCAGAUAGUAACACAGAAUUUGAGGUUUUUGCUGUGGUCACCCAUUCAGGGAUGUUAGAGUCUGGUCAUUAUGUUACCUAUUUGCGAUUGAGAAACCAAUGGUUUAAAUGUGAUGAUGCUUGGAUAACUAAAGUUGAUGAAGAGGUUGUUAGGGCCUCGCAGUGCUACCUUUUAUACUAUGUGCAGAAAGUUCUAUACCAUAAAAGCAGUGAGGAUGUGAGCUGCCUCCCAAUGUCACCUCACGCAGACAGAUUUGUCCCUAUAGCUGGAUGUUGCUAGAUUAGCUGAAAGAUUAUGUGGCCCGGUAAUUCGAGGCCAUGAAAGCAAAGAAUGAGAUAGUGCUGCAAGUUUACUCUCUACUGUAGAAAGCUAUACUUCUGAAGGACUGAAGCAGAGAAAGGUUCAGCUGUGCAGCCAUUUGCAUUGAAUGAUGAGUUAUGACCAUUUACAUUGUUCUGCUUGACUGCCUGAUGAUGAACAAAUAGAGACAGAGUGCAGCUAUGCAGCCAUUUGCAUUGAGCUACGGGUUCUGACCAUUUAUAUAGUUCUGCUUGACUGCCUGAUGAUGAACAAACAGAGACAAACUCACCAUAUUCCCCCUAUUUUAAUGAUGGUGGAAAUGCGGCAGCUUAGUUCAUUGUAAUUUCUGGUCUAUUAUUUAUUCUCAAUGUACAGAAAUAGAUCCCUCUUUGAUUUUUCAGACGUGUUUACAUAUUCUUUUCCAUGUUUGGACGGAGCUUGUUGGCAUGCCCAUUCCACUCUCUCAUACCGUCCAUUGCUAACGGUAUUGAUUCUAUUAGAAUUGGACGACCUUCCAAGUUCCAAUGAACAAUAUUAUGGCCUUUGUCU